UGUGGUUCGGAGCGCGAGCGGAUGCAGUGCGCGUUUCAUUGGUGAAUAGAGGGAUCCCUUGUGAUGCCCCCCCACUUCCCUCUCUCCCUCUCGCGCGCGCGCUGUCUGCGAGUGAGUUAGCGUUAAUGGCUCCUCCUGCGCGAGAGAGAGAGAGACACCGAGCUCCAGCACCGAGUCGAGCAGCACAGGGGCAGCUGUCCCAACACCCCGAAAAAAAAAAAAAAAAAAAAAACAACAACCUAGCUCUCCGUCAGCGGAAUUCGAAGUGUUUACGCAUUGACUUGGUUGAUUUUAAACACAGGAUCCUCAUGUUAACGACUAAAGACGAACGUUAGAGGAAAGGGUUGUUAUUUUUUGAAACAAGCAAACACACACACACACACACACACUCACACACAAAAAAAAAAAAAAAAAGCCAACUCGCCAAAUGAACUCCGUCAGAGCGACUAACAGAAGACCCAGGCGAGUAUCGAGGCCGCGCCCGGUGCAGCCCGAGAGGAACAACGGCGAAAGAGAUGAGGACGUCCCUGCAGAUGUGGUUGCAGAAGAAUCUGGUCCAGGAGCUCAAAACAGUCCAUACCAACUCCGCAGAAAGUCCUUGUUGCCCAAGAGAACCGCGUGUCCCACAAAAAGCAGUAUGGAGGGAGCCUCCACUUCAGCGACAGAAACGUUUGGUCACAGAGCAAAACGUGUCCGAGUGUCAGGGAAGUCCCAAGACCUUCCAGCUUCCCCUGCAGAACAGUAUCUCCAAGAAAAGCUUCCAGAUGAGGUGGUCCUGAAGAUUUUUUCCUACCUGCUGGAGCAAGACCUAUGCCAGGCUGCUUGUGUCUGUAAGCGCUUUAGUGAGCUAGCUAACGACCCUAUUCUCUGGAAGCGAUUGUACAUGGAAGUGUUUGAGUACACGCGGCCCAUGAUGCAUCCAGAGCCAGGGAAAUUCUACCAGAUAAACCCUGAAGAAUAUGAGCAACCCAAUCCAUGGAAGGAAAGCUUUCAGCAACUGUAUAAAGGAGCACAUGUAAAGCCUGGCUUUGCAGAACAUUUUUACAGCAAUCCAGCUAGAUACAGCAGAGAGAAUAUGCUGUACUAUGACACCAUUGAGGAUGCACUGGGAGGAGUUCAGGAGGCCCACUUUGAUGGGCUGAUAUUCGUUCAUUCUGGAAUCUACACAGAUGAAUGGAUCUACAUCGAGUCCCCCAUUACAAUGAUUGGUGCAGCUCCUGGAAAAGUAGCUGAUAAAGUUGUCAUUGAGAACACUAGAGAUUCAACAUUUGUGUUUAUGGAAGGUUCAGAAGAUGCAUAUGUCGGUUACAUGACCAUUAGGUUCAACCCAGAUGAUAAAUCAGCUCAGCAUCACAAUGCACAUCACUGCCUGGAGAUCACAGUGAACUGCAGCCCGAAUAUUGACCACUGCAUCAUCCGCAGCACCUGCACAGUGGGGUCAGCAGUGUGUGUAAGUGGCCAAGGUGCAUGUCCCACUAUCAAGCACUGCAACAUCAGUGACUGUGAAAAUGUGGGACUCUACAUCACCGACCAUGCGCAGGGCAUUUAUGAAGAUAAUGAAAUCUCCAACAAUGCAUUAGCGGGGAUCUGGGUGAAAAACCAUGGCAACCCAAUCAUCCGGCGGAACCAUAUCCAUCAUGGCAGGGACGUUGGUGUUUUCACAUUUGACCAUGGCAUGGGCUACUUUGAGAGCUGCAACAUCCACAGAAACAGAAUUGCAGGUUUUGAGGUAAAGGCGUAUGCCAACCCCACAGUGGUGCGCUGUGAAAUUCACCACGGCCAGACAGGAGGCAUCUACGUGCACGAGAAGGGCCGGGGCCAGUUCAUAGAGAAUAAGAUCUACGCUAAUAACUUUGCUGGUGUGUGGAUCACAUCAAAUAGUGACCCCACCAUUAGGGGUAAUGCCAUCUUCAAUGGAAACCAAGGGGGCGUUUACAUAUUUGGUGAUGGUAGAGGUCUCAUAGAGGGCAAUGAUAUUUAUGGAAACGCCCUGGCUGGUAUUCAGAUCCGAACCAACAGCUGCCCUAUAGUCAGACACAACAAGAUACAUGAUGGACAGCAUGGCGGAAUCUAUGUGCACGAGAAGGGCCAGGGUGUUAUUGAGGAGAAUGAAGUGUACAGCAACACUCUGGCAGGAGUGUGGGUGACCACGGGGAGCACGCCGGUGCUCAGGCGGAACAGGAUACACAGCGGAAAGCAGGUUGGAGUGUAUUUCUACGAUAAUGGCCAUGGAGUAUUGGAAGAUAACGAUAUCUACAACCACAUGUACUCUGGCGUACAAAUCAGAACUGGAAGCAACCCUAAGAUUAGACGAAACAAAAUCUGGGGAGGGCAGAAUGGAGGCAUUCUUGUUUACAACUCUGGGUUGGGCUUCAUUGAGGACAAUGAGAUAUUUGACAAUGCCAUGGCAGGAGUAUGGAUCAAGACCGACAGCAACCCCACCCUACGCAGGAACAAGAUCCAUGACGGCCGGGAUGGCGGUAUCUGCAUAUUCAACGGCGGAAGGGGAUUGCUGGAGGAAAAUGACAUCUUCAGAAACGCCCAGGCUGGCGUCCUCAUUAGUACCAACAGUCACCCAGUGUUGAGGAAGAACCGAAUAUUUGAUGGCUUUGCUGCAGGUAUUGAGAUAACAAACCAUGCUACCGCAACUUUAGAAGGCAAUCAAAUAUUCAAUAACCGAUUUGGAGGGCUGUUUCUUGCCUCUGGCGUCAACGUCACAAUGAAAGACAACAAAAUUAUGAACAAUCAGGAUGCCAUAGAGAAAGCUGUGAGCAGAGGUCAGUGCCUGUACAAGAUUUCCAGUUACACCAGCUAUCCCAUGCACGAUUUUUACAGGUGCCACACCUGUAACACAACAGACAGAAAUGCAAUCUGCGUGAACUGUAUUAAGAAGUGCCACCAAGGGCAUGAUGUCGAGUUUAUACGACAUGAUAGGUUUUUCUGUGACUGUGGUGCGGGAACGCUGUCGAACCCUUGCACGUUAGCUGGAGAGCCGACACAUGACACGGACACUCUGUAUGACUCGGCACCUCCUAUAGAGUCUAACACAUUACAACACAACUGAGGCUCACCCUGUUCUCCAUCUCGGCACCCUGGUCUUUAAUUUUAUCCUGUCUACAAAGCAAGAGCUUCUAUAACUUUUUGGUCUUAGAAAGACUCUGCGUACAAAGCGACAGGACAACAAACCUUUUAAACUUGAAUAAAUUGUUGUAUGGUAAAGGAAACCAUCUCUGCCUAUUUGCUGGAUAGAGAUGUCUCGAUAUUGUUUAAAGCGUUCUGAUGCAAGCGGAGGUGAGAGAUUCCCUGUUCAUUUUCAGUUGGCUCUCAAUCUGCAGAGAGUUACUAGAUGACUAAAGCUUUGGAAGAGUUAAGAGCUGCACAGAGAAGCAAUAUGUUGACUCAGGAUUCUGGAGAUUAAGAGAAGAGACGACAGUGGCAUCAACUUUCAGCAGAAGAACGAUGGAAACGUCCAAACCGAUAAGCCUGUGCAGUCUCUGUGUUGCGUGCAGGUUCAGGUAAAGUUCUUUUGCAGGUUUGUACAGACGUAACGGUGGCCAGAAACACACAGCCAUCUCCCCUCCCCCAGAGACGCUGCCUGGAUAAGAGGGAGAGCCAUGAUGACAUGGCUUCCUUGGCAACUGUUUCUAGGUAACAGAUAUACUGGUUACAUGUAUGGUUAAAAAAAAAAAAUGGAAAAAAAAUGUGGUUAGCACUUGCUUUUUUUUUUUGUUUGUUUUUUUUUCCUUUUUUUUUAAACGUUAAUGUUAUUCUGAUCAACAAAUAUGAUUUUAAUGCUUUCUCAUGUAGUUUUGUAUUUUCAAGCAAAAAUCUUACAGUAUUUGAAUGUCUUUUAUUUUAUUAUAUAUUAUAAUUAUUAUUGUUAUUAAUAUUUUCGUUAGCGCAUGUUAGGCUUGUAAUCAUACUGUGUCUCAGCAUAUAAAUUCUUUCUGUGAAAGAGGAAUAGUGAAAAAAAAAAAGAUUUGGAAAACACUACAAUGUCCUCCAGCUAUGGUUUUCGAUAGGCAAGGUGUGGAACAGUUGUCAAAUGUGUGGCAGUUUUUUGUUUUUUUCUUUUAUUUAUUUUGCCCCCUCCAACUUUUUUUUUAAAUGUCUGCCUCAAUGUUUGAAAAAGUAAUAUUUAACCAGACUUUAAAGUGCUAAUAAGGUCCCAAAGGAAAUGGAAGUGUUUUUGAACACUGGAACACUUAUAAUGUUUGUGAAGUCCUGCUUCACUUACACUUUUAUUCUUGUCCAUAGAAUUAAUUUCAUGGACAGUGAUGAGUAUAUCUCCCAGUUUUAUUAGAAUAUAUUAUUUUUCUUUUGGCUCUUGGCCCAUUUAUGUGCCUGUUUUUUGUGUGAUGAAUAUAAUAAUUGAAAAGCAUUGCUGGAGUUUGCCAUGUUUUAAGGCCCUGGCCUCUUCGAAGCUGAAACACAAAUCUCUAAGGCCUCAUUUGUCUUUUUGCCCCUCUCUUCAUCCCCAUCUCUGUGUAAUGUGGUGACUGUGGCUUCUCAUGCUGCCGCAAUUGUAUGCAUGUACCAUAACAUCUAGACUUAAUAUAUUGUGAAGUAUUCAAUAACCAUUACGUAGAUGCUAGUGUGAAUUCAAAAAGGGUUUAAUUUCCUAGAAAACAAAAGAAAAAGGAAACUGGUCAUUUUUAAGAAAAUAAACUUUAUUAGAUCAUG